ACCUCGGCUUAACUUUACAUCAGGACACACCUCCGCGGGCAAAACUGUAUGGGAAGCUACGUGCAAAACUGGAUAUAGUGACUUACCAACUAUUUUUUUUUUGUUUGUUUUUUUUUGCCUUUUAUCAAGUGACAGGUCGUGGAUAGAUAUUGUUCACGCUCAGUAGGCAAAAUGACUUCUAUAGCUUUUUUCACAAUAAACAGGACAGCGAGAUCAACAGCAAGACUGUGCCAAGUGUCACGCUCUGCGCAUGGUACAGCUGAUUUCCACUCUUUCGUAGCCCGCAACUCUACUCUGCGUAAAUGCGCCUUUCUUCCGGGAGGAAAAUGGUCAUUCGUAAGAACGGGAACGAGACAGAUGUCUCAUGGAUCGGCUGGGAGGAUCUCAUUCGGACGGUACAGUAAAGGUGUAUUUCUGGCAGCCGGGGCAGCAGCUGUCACCGGUGUUCUGGCGGCAGGUGUGAGUCACUUUCAGCGGGCAGAAAUGGCUACGAAGAUAUCCAAGGUUGAAGAUGAGGAGGGUGACAUAAGAGAGAGAUGCAAGUCGUUCAUGUCUCCACCAGUCACUGACAUCAAGGUCUUGGAGCAGAGAAAAGACGCGAUGUCCUCGAGAAUGGAGAUGCUGAUCAUGGAGACGCAGGCUGCAUUCUGUAAAGCCCUUGAGGAGGUAGAUGGAGGCACGUUUAGGGUGGACAGAUGGAUUAGGAAAGAAGGUGGUGGCGGCAUCAGCUGUGUGAUGCAAGAUGGGAAGGUUUUUGAGAAAGCGGGUGUGAACGUGUCUGUUGUGUUCGGGAAUCUCACAGAAGAGGCCGCCAAGCAAAUGCGCAGCCGUGGAAAAGUUCUGAAAGGGAAAGAUGGUAAGCUGCCAUUCUGUGCCAUGGGUGUGAGUUCAGUCAUACACCCUAAAAACCCCCACAUUCCCACAGUGCACUUCAACUACAGAUACUUUGAGAUUGAGGAAGCAGACGGCUCAAAACAGUGGUGGUUUGGCGGAGGAACAGAUCUGACUCCUGUUUACAUUGAUUUGGAAGAUGCCGCCCAUUUCCACAAGACUUUGAAGGAUGCAUGUGACAAGCACCAUUCUAAAUAUUACCCAGACUUCAAAAAGUGGUGUGAUAAUUACUUCUACAUCCCUCACCGAGGGGAGACGAGAGGCAUUGGUGGGAUCUUUUUUGAUGAUUUGGAUUCACCCAAGCAGGAAGAGGUUUUUAGCUUCGUGAAGAGCUGUGCUAAAACUGUGGUGCCCUGUUACCUGCCUAUUGUAUACAAACAUCUGAAUGACUACUUCACCCCUGAAGAAAAGGACUGGCAGCAAGUCAGACGAGGCAGAUAUGUAGAAUUUAAUCUAGUGUAUGACAGAGGGGUGAAAUUUGGCCUUGCCACGCCUGGGUCUCGCAUUGAGAGCAUCCUGAUGUCCCUACCACUUACUGCAAGGUGGGAGUAUAUGCAUGAGCCAGCCAAAGGCACGAAGGAAGCAGAGAUACUCGACGUCUUACGGAACCCUAAAGAAUGGCUCUGAUUGAGAGGAAGACUCAUUCAUUGAGACAUCAGCAAUUUUGUUAAAGAAUUAGUUAACCCAAAAAUGAACAUUCUGUCAUCGAUAUCUCACCCUUGUGUUGUUCCCAAACAGGAUGCUAGGGAAUUACAGCCUCAGUCACUUUUCAAUAUCAAUGCAUCUAUUGUCCAUACAGUGGAAGUGAAUAGUGAUUGAGGCUGUCAUUCUGCCUAGCAUCUCUUUUUGUGUUCCACUGAAAAAAGUCAGUCAUACAGGUUUGGAACAGAUGACAGAGUAAAAGAUGACAGAAUUGUAAUUUGUGUGUGAACUACUACUUGAUAAUGAUAAUUUUCAUGUUCACUAAAAUAUUAAGAAAAUGACUAGUCACCACUUGGGACACAUUUUCAUUGCUUUGAGCUCUGACUCAUUGGCCCUUUUUGCUGACUGACUGCAACACUGCACAGAUAUUGGCUUGAUUGGUAAUGAAUUCUCUAGCACUGCCAUUGGCUGUAUGGUUUUUCUGGUGAUGAAGUGUUAACUCUUGAGGCAGUGUUGCUUAGUUACAGCUUUGUUUCUGCUUGCACUGCUUUAAGUCAUGACUACCGGUGUAUUCGAAACCUGUAAUGGCCUAUGUAGGCUUUUUUUUUUUUUAAAGGAUGUGCCAAUCACAUGUCUGAACGGUCACAUUUUACAUGUGUGCUGAUGCUAGUGCCAUGCCAUUUAUUGUUUUGCUAACACUGUUCAUUUAGCUGUGGCCCUGAUUUAUGCAUCUCACUCCAAAGUCACAUUUGUCCUGUGAUGAUGUGCUCACAGAGCUCUAUUCCAUCUCCUGUGGUACUGGCUGUUUGUUUGUUUUUUAAAUAGAGAUAUUAAAUGUGAUCGGAAUGUGGAGUAUUCUCAGGACAUUAUAAGAAUGCUGUUUUGUUUAUUAUAAAAACAUUAAAGUGUUUUUAUAUAUGGUAUAUUUUGCUAUACCUAAUUAGUAAAGCAGCCUGGCAGGGGUGUAGCAAUCAUUUCAAAAGUGAGGGGGACAGAAUGAUUAGCACAAGACGAACAUAAAUAUAUAAGAUAUAUAUAUUUUAGGGCUCUCAAUCGAUAUUUUUUUUUUUAUUGAAUUAAUUACAUGAAUGAACAGUGAAUUUUAACUUUUGCAUUUACACAUUUAGACAUUUGCUGUAUGAAAGACACAGCAUAAACACAUUUGCCCUGUGAAAAAGUGCGGGGGACGAACUUUGGUUUUAUUGAAAGUGAGGGGGACACGCCCCCGCAUAUUCUACACCUUUGCAGCCUGGUAUCCUUAAAAUAAUGUUACAAUGUCAGGCUUCAGUGAUAAUGAUCAAAUGUCUCCAAAGUGACAGAACACACUCAAAGCUUUUUGUCAAGAUUGCCAAGAGCCAAGCCUAGUAAAGACCUUCAGCAUGCAUAUCUGCUCAUAAAGUCAAUCAGUUACUGUAAAGUACUAUCUCUGUGAGCUUGAUUGGAUGCAGGCAGGGUAAUGUAGUUGGUAAAUGUAGGUAGGAACACAUUUCAGCACCUUCAACAGAGGUGUUAAAAUUAGUAUUUGCAUUUGAAAGGAAAAACAUUAGAUGUGAGGACUUUUAAAGAAAAAGGUCACGCAAAAAUAAAAAGUUCGGGAACAAAAAAAUAUUAGGUAGAAUGUUAGCUUCAAUCAGCAUUCACGUUCAUUGUAUGGACAAUGGACCUUAUUCACGAUAGCGCCAUUUUAAUGGGAAUGACAACGAGGCUGUGAGGUAUAGACUUACCAUCUGUUCAAUGGCACGAACGGUAUAAAGCUCCUAGAUCACAUCUGAUUUUACACAACUCAUGUUGUCUGGAGCUCUUUGUAUACUGAAUGUUUAUCAAUGUUUUGUUCAUGGGACGAUCCAAAAACACUGCAGUACAGUCCAUUGAAGAGACUGUAAGUCUAUCCCUCAGCCUCGUUGUAAUUCCCAUUAAAAAUCAAAGAUGGGGCAAGCGUGAAUAAGGUCUACAGAAGGAAUAAAAGCGAAUGGUGACUGAAGCUAAUGUUCUGUCUAAAGUCUCCUUUGUUCCAUGGAAGAGGUCAGACAGGUUUGGAACAACAUGAGGGUGCGUAAUUGAUAGAAUUUUAAUUUUUGGGUGAAAUCUCUUUAUUGGGAUCUGUUAAACUGUAAUAGGCAAUACUAUAAAAAUUCACUGUGUGCUAUAAAGACUGUGAAUUUCAUCAUAAAAUAUAUUAGUUGUAUUGUAUUGUAUUUAUAAUAUAUAUUAGAUUAUGGUUGUCUGACCGAGAGAGAAAAAAGAAAGCAAAUUAUCAAACAAACGUUAUGCAUGCAUAUAGAGAAACAAGUCAAAGGGCCAAAAAACUUUUAUUAAAAAUAAAAUUCAAGCUCAGUCAUUACAAAAAAUUACAUAUUUUUUAAAACACUUAUAUACACAUUAAUCUAUCUCUGAGUAAGGCUUAAGCAAUAAACACCACCAUACCACGCUCAUAACUACCACAGAAAUAUCAGCCUGCAAAUGUACAGCAACAGAUGCUGUCUGUCAAAGUCAGCCACACUAGCAACAUCAUCAGACUGUACUUCAAAUUACGGUAGUCUUAUUUCACAUUCCCAUUAGGCAAAGUGAGAAUAAGUUAGUGCUGGUGAUGUGUUUUAUUGCAUAUUUAUGUUGGCUGAGCAUAGCGUAAUAUAAACUGUAGCAAGCCAAGAGGAUCAACCAAAAAGCAUUUACCAUAAUUUAUAAUCAUCUAUCACGUUACACAUCAAUUAAUAUUCCUUUAUAAAGAGCCCUGAAAAAGUGCAUUCACUCAUAGUUACUGAAUGAGUAGAAAUGCAUUAUUUUCCAUACAUUUUCUUUUUCUCACAUACAUGCACACAUCCACACACACUUUCCUGACAUUUAAUACUGAGUGUUAUCACACUAUAGUUUUGUGUGUGUGUGUGUGUGUGUGUGUGUGUGUGAGAGGGGGAGGGGGGGGGGGGGG